GAAAUUCAAAAUGACAAUUUUAAAACCUGUGUGCAUAGCCGCUUCGGAUUUGGUUUCCCUGAAACCUGAAAUACUCUGAGCAGCCAAAAUCGAGCAAUAAACUUUCAAAUAAAAGACUUCUGUGAUCUAGAUCUAUUUUUAAUUAAUCGGGAAAAUUCGAUUUUCGAUUUUCGAUUUUCGCCCUUCCUGUAUUUAACCGCCGAUUAUCAGGAAUUAAAAAUCUGAGACCUGUUUCGAGUUAGGGUUUCUGGAUAUCGGCACUUGGCUCAAAAAUAUGGUUAAGAGAAAGCUUGUUGUUAUAUGUCAAUCGCGUGGUAAUUUUACCACAUCCAGUGAUGGUUCGUUGAUAUAUAAUGGUGGGGAGGCUCAUGCUAUCACUGUAAGCAGUGAAACUAAAUUUGAUGAAUUGAAGUCAGAGAUGGCGGAUAUGUGGAAGUGUGACACCAAAGCUGUGACUAUGAAAUAUUUUCUCCCAAAUAACAAUAAGACGCUCAUCACCAUAUCAAGCAACAAAGAUAUCCAACGCAUGAUUGAUUUUCAUGAAGAUUCAGAAACCGUUGAUAUUUAUGUGGUUAAAGAUGACAAUCCAACAACUGAUGUCACACCUAGGCCUCGUAACAGGCCCAAAAAGACAACUGUUGCUGCGUCUGUUACCCCUCAGAAUAAUUCAAUAAUUGAUGUUUCUGUUUCUGGAGAAACUGGUCCACUCAGCACUGUGACUCCACAACCUUCUAAUGCUGGGAACUUAUUGCUACUUAAUAACUUAAACCUGGAAGUUGCUAACUAUGGGGAUGCUGACCAGCAAGAACUGCUGAAAAUAUGGAAAAAUGGCAUAACUGGUUUGCACCAGCAAUUUAAUAGUGUUCAUGAAUUCCGUGAGGUUUUAGGUAAAUAUUCCAUUGCUCACGGCUUCGCAUACUCCUAUAAGAAAAAUGAAGGUAGGCGUGUAACUGUUCAUUGCAAAGGUGAAGGUUGUCCUUGGAGGAUUCAUGCGGCAAGAGUGGCGACAACACAGUUAUUUCGAAUUAGAAAAAUAAAUGAAACACAUACAUGCGGGGCAGGUACUGAAUCAGCAUAUCGUCCCCCGGCAUCAAGGAAAAUUGUGGCAUCCAUUGUUAGGGAGAAGUUGCUGGAAACCCCUAAUUCUAAGCCAAGAGAAAUUGCCGAAGAAAUUCGUCGGGAUCUUGGAAUUGAAUUAAAAUAUUGUCAAGCUUGGCGUGGGAUGGAGACUGCGAGGAAGCAGCUUCAAGGAUCAUGUAAGGAUUCAUACAAUCAGUUACCUUGGUUAUGUCAGAAGAUAGUGGAGACAAAUCCAGGUAGUAUGGUCAAUCUCAAUACAAGGGAGGACUUAAGCUUCCACCAAUUCUUUGUUUCCUUUCGUGCCUCAUUUGUUGGUUUCCUGAAUGGUUGCCGCCCCCUUAUUUUCCUUGAUACUAUGACUAUUAAAUCAAAGUUUCAGUCAGAGCUACUUACUGCUACAGCAUUGGAUGGGAAUGACGGAUUCUUUCCCAUUGCUUUUGCUGUUGUAGAUGUUGUGAAUGAUGCUGCUUGGCAAUGGUUCUUGAUGCAAUUAAAAUCUGUGUUGGCAACCUCCCAACAAAUAACAUUUGUGGCAGAUAGACAGAUGGGGCUAAGGCAGUCGAUUCCCUUGAUUUUUGAGCAUUCUUACCAUGGUUAUUGCCUUGAUCAUCUAAUAGAGGAGCUGAAGCAGCACUUUGUUGGAACAUAUACUCAGGAAGUGGUACCUGUGGUUAUUGCUCAUAUGCAAGAUGCAGCCCAGGCUGCUACACUUGACGGUUUUAGAAAAAGCAUUCAGAGCAUUAAAAAUAUCUCUCCUGAGGCAUGUGAUUGGAUUAUACGAGCUGAACCUGAACAUUGGGCAAAUGCACUGUUUGAAGGUUCACGAUACAACCACAACGUGUGUGACAUUGCCAACUCAUUUUAUAGUUGGGUGAGUGAGCUUCCUGUAUUGCCAAUAGUACAUGUCAUUGAUACUAUUCGCAGUAAGAUCAUGGAGCUGAUGUACAAUUGCAGGGUGGAGUCAAAUCAGUGGCUGACAAGAUUAACUCCAACUUUUGAAAAUAAAAUACAAAAAGAGAUUUUCAAAGCACAGUCGCUUCAAGUUCUAUUAGGACUGAGUAGUUCUUUUGAGGUUCAUGACAGUCUGGGUGCAAUGCAUGUUGUGAAUGUUGAUCUCUGGGAUUGUAGUUGCCGAGAGUGGCAACUGAAUGGUUACCCAUGUUCCCAUGCUGUGGCUGUUCUUCAACAUAUUGGCAAGGAUUUGUAUGAUUAUUGCUCGAAAUAUUUUACCACUGAAGCUUUCCGGUUAACGUAUGCAGAAUCAAUUAAUCCCAUUCCAACUGCAGAUAAGCAUGUGCAUAAGGAUCCUACAGCUGUUCAAGUACAACCUCCUCCUCUGAUCCGUCUAUCGGGCCCUCCUAAGAAGAGGAGGAUACGGUAUAAAGGUGUUGUUAAGAGACCACUUCGCUGCAGCAAGUGCAAUGGAAUGGGGCACAACAGAGCAACAUGUCAUAUAUUCUUAUAGGUGCUGGGUACUAUAUCGUGAUGCAUGCUAAUUGUACAGCACUUGAUUUUGGUCAAUAUGGUGCUAGGGUCCUGAGACCUAUAGAUGGGUUGGAUGGAUAAUUGAUUUUUCACUUUAAUAUAAGGAUUUGGAGAACUUUCUUUCAAGUGGGAUGUGAAUGCUAAAUUUGUUUUUAGCGGCUUUGUUUCUUUUGAUUGCAUACUCUCAGCGGCCGAAUCGCUCCCUUUUUUCAUUUGUUGUAGGCCUUGUGUUUGUGAUUAGGGUGUCUUCUUUUUUUUAGGUAAGUGAGUAGGGUGUCCUCGUUACCUCUAGGUUUGUAUUAAGUUACUUAACUCACUGGUUUAAUGAUUUAUUUUAGUUCUUA